GCAGAGCCAGCAACGGAGAUCAAUAGGGCCCUGUGUAGUUCAGUAUUUUAUGACACGAAUCAGGAAUCAAGAAUCCGACCUGCUAAUUCAAGAAUCAUCCCUGAAUCAUACGUCUCCGUUCCAGCAAAAUUACAAACCGUCUGGUGAGCUCUCUUCUUGAUCCCGCCAGGCAGCGAGCGGAUCAUCGAGCUCAUUGAUCCCGCCAGGAAGAUUCACAUACCGUCUCCUUGCGUGACCGAACUAUUACUGCAUUCGGUUUCUUACCUUCAAAUAUGGCGACCAUCGUGAAGCACGUGUCUCCCGCGAACCUCGCGCGCAAGUCGUCCAACCGAGCGUGCCUCGGCAAAUCGGGAAGAUCCCUCCAAGCCAACGCCAACUCCUUCACCCCUCGCACGGCUAAGAUUCUCACCGAGAUUGCCGCCGUGAGAUCCGGCCAAAAAUCGAUUCCCGCCCGCCAGACCGCGACUAUCAGAAGGACAGCGGUCGGGUCGGUUCGAGCCUCGGCGGCUGCCGGUGCUGACGUGGAGGAAUGGAGCAAGGCGGCGCGGCUGGUUAGGCAGGAGCAGCUGGAGGGCCAGGCGCUGGACGUGCUUCAGAAGACCAUCGAUAGCUUCGAGCGACCCGCGUUCCCCUGCGCGCUUAUUGCGGGCGACGUGGUGAUCCUGCACCUGCUGCACCGGCUCGGCGCGCUGGGCGAUGACCCCAAGGUGAAGAUCGUGUUCAUCGACACGUUCCACCUCUUCCCGGAGACGUACCAGUUCCUCAAAGACUGCGAGGAGCGGUUCGGCUUCAAGGCGGAGGUGUUUCAGGCGGCGGGGCUGAAGUCCAAGGAGGAGUACGUGGCAAAGCACGGCUCGGACCUCUUCAUCACGGACAUUGACGAGUACGAUCAGAUCUGCAAGGUGGAGCCGUUCAGCCGCGCGCUGACGUCACUCAACGUGGAUGCGAUGAUCAACGGGCGGCGGAGAGACCACGGCGCCGAGAGGGCGCACCUGGAGGUGUUUGAGGACGGCGCGCCAGUCAAGGUCCAGCCACUGGCCUACUGGGAGUUCAAGGACUGCUUCGAUUACCUGGAGAGGCACGGCGUGCCGCCCCACCCCCUGCACGCGGACGGCUUCCCCUCCAUAGGCGACGUGCAGACCACUCUGCCCAUCCCGCCGGCCAAGUGGUUCGAGUACGGUGGAGAGCGGUCAGGGCGGUUCCAGGGGCUGAAGAACAGGGAUGGGUCGGACAAGACGGAGUGUGGCAUCCAUGUGGAAGACGCUGUCGCCUCCUCCCUCUCCCCUCCUUCCUCUUCUCUCUCCCCUCCUUCCUCCUCUCUCACACCUCCUUCCUCCUCUCUCACACCUCCUUCCUCCUCCCUCACACCUCCUUCCUCCUCCCUCACACCUCCUUCCUCCUCCCUCACUCCCCCGUCCUCCUCCCUCACUCCCCCGUGAUUUGCCUCGUGGCUGAAAACCUAACAGAGGUGAGGUGAGGUUGCCACGAGGCACAAUAUCUUGCCGGUAGCUGUCUGAUAUGUCCUCUUGGGGAAAUUUAUUUUGGACGGUAAGGGAUGUGAUGGGAUGGGAUGGGAUGGGAUGGGAUGGGAUGGGGUGGGAUGGGAUGGGAUGGGAUGGGAUGGUUGGGUCGAGAGGGUCCUUCCCUCCAGAGUCGAGACUAAGGCAUGCGCGAUCUUUUGUAUCGCUCCCUGCCCCACCCUACGUGAAAUGUUAUGGCACCAGCACAGGAUUAGACUACACGUGUAAGAGCAGACCUUGUUACUGCAUGACACUUCACUCCAUUGGAUGUCUCUCUGUUGUAUCACUGCUUACCUAUCCACACUAAUAGAAAACCACACUUCCA